ACUCACGGUGUUAUUUCUGCUGUAUCUGAAAGGUUUAUUUGGUCAGACCGACGCUGUGAUUUUUCGCUCUGGAUCAGUUUGUGCUCCUGCAGGAUCAACUGUGGCUCUGGGGUCCAAUUGUUUAUAUCCUGGAUGGAUAUUUCAGUCAUGGAAACACAGAAUAAAUAAUACUGAAACUCUAGCAGAUCCCAGCAUGGACUCCCGAUACAGAUCUAUAAAAGAGUUUCACAGGUGUUACCUACUAAUUCAUGGACUAAAAGAGACAGACGCUGGCACAUAUUACAUGAGCUUCAUUUACAGAGAAGGAGACAUCAUCUUUACCUCGAAUAGUCGAUCAGAAUUCACUGUACAUGUCACAGAUCUUCAGGUGUCUGUGGACUCUGAUCGUGUGACUGAAGGUCAGAACGUCACACUCACCUGUAAGACCAGCUGUCCUCCAAAACAAACCUUUAUCUGGUUCAAGAACGGGCUUCGUUUGGAUCUCUAUAAUUCCGGUGAUCAGCUGCAUGUUUCUGCGGUGAGCCGUGAGGAUUCAGGCCGAUACUCGUGUGCACUGGAACGCUUUGAAACGUUCCCGUCGGCCGAGACGCUCCUCGAUGUCACCUAUGUGGCGUAUGAGAGCGCUGGAAUCAUAAUAUUGUCGUCGCUCCUGAUUCCUGUCGUUCUACUGCUGGUUUGUGCUGCUCUGUGGAUGAUAAGGACAAAACAACAAAACCUCAAAAGACCUGAAGUAAAAGAGCAAAGCAAACAGAAUGAAAAUGUGUACGAAAAUGAAUCAAUACCGCCUGUGACCUUUGACCUGGAGGAGAAAGUAAAGUCAGUUCAUCAGGAGGAGGAAGUUCAGUACUCUUGUGUUCAUUUCAGCAAAUUUACAAACGCCCAAUGUUCUGCAACUUGUGAAAAGGAAGCUGAUGUCCGGUACGCUCAGAUCGCAGUGCAACAUCAGAACAACAGCAAUAAAUACUGAUAUGAUGAGUAAUAUUAGCAUUUAA